AUGGAUAUCUUUGCUUAUGCGCUCGAUGGCGGAUAUGGGCCACUGGACAUUGAAGUACCAUUCCUUGCAACCUAUCCUGUGGAUGACCUGGAUUUCGAAACCUUUCCAAUUCGAAUGGGCUUCUCUAUGCGACCUAACUUGGGAUUCUCGGAGCUGCAAUUGACGCCCAGUCAUGACUACGCGGAGUAUACCGGAUUUUUGCAGUCAUGGCUGUACUUCCAAUUUGCUAAGACGGUCUGUCGAGAACUUGGAAAGGACUUCGAACUAUCCGAUCUACUUGUGCAGCCGCAAAAUGGUAGAUCAACGGUCACAGCUGCCCCACUAGUCUUUGAAAAGUUUACAGAAGGCCGCAAAGACUUCAACUAUCGCACGCUCUUUCCGACCAUCCGAAUGCUCCUCCAUCACGCUGCUAUCUUUGACUUUGAAGACCCGGAAUGUGCUCUCAGAUCUGAAGAUCGUAGUCGAAUCAUUCUUUCAAUCAGGUAUCUCGCCGACAUUUUAGUACAAUAUGGACGGAUGGAUAAGUCCACUACAGACCCUGUAGGCAUGUCAAAAGAUCGCUUGCAGAGUGAUAUAUCAGAGCAACGGCUCCUACAUCCCAACGCUACGGAGAUCCCGCCUUCUACAAUGAUCAUGAAGAGCUACCUUGAAUCUAAUGGCUGGUGCCCUCUGGACCUAAUCUUUCGCUACGUUCUAGAUUUGGAAUCACAUUGGGCGGCCAGUGAUCUGAAGGAAAAGCAAGAAGGCGCCAAACCUAAGAGUGUAAGUUACGCAAGGCACUUGUUGUCGCGCAAGAGAGUCACGGUUUGGAUUGACGCAAUCUGUGUGCCUGUUCUUGACCCCCGUGAUCGUGCGCGAUCCGCAUCGAUGAAACAACGUGCCAUCAAUCUAAUGACACCGAUAUAUGCAAAUGCAGCAUACGUUCUUGUCUUGGAUCGGAACAUUAAGCAGCUGACCGAAAGAGAACGUGGAAUCAAGUACUUGAAUCGGGACCGAGCUGAGCGGCGUCUCCCACAAAAGCUGACUUAUGUGGUUCGCUACUCUAGCUGGAUGGGAAGAUGUUGGACGUUACAAGAAGGAGCACUUGGCCGAACUCUGAUGUUUCAGUGUCAAGACACUGCUUGCCCAGCACCGGUGUGGUUGCGGGAUGAAAUCGAGCCUGCUGACGCACAAACACUUGUUGAAUCUCUGUUGAGUAGAUCAACAUCAAUGACAGCUGAUCUGGCCUAA